AUGCAACAUAGUGUUCACUUCCUUUUGUUGUCUCUUCAAGGUUUUCUGCCUGAAAUGGAGUACGAGGACCGCUUCAGACAGAACCAGAGACCAAAAUAUGAUUGCCUUCUUUUUGAUUUAGAUGAUACUUUGUAUCCACUAAGCACUGGGAUUGCAAAAGCAUGUGGCCAAAAUAUUAAAGACUAUAUGGUGGAAAAGCUUGGCAUAGAAAAAAGCAAAAUUGAUGACUUGUCCAACCUCCUCUACAAGAACUAUGGAACAACUAUGGCUGGUUUAAGGGCAAUUGGAUAUGACUUUGACUAUGAUGAAUAUCACAGUUUUGUCCAUGGAAGAUUACCUUAUGAGAACUUGAAACCAGACCCAGUUCUGAGGAAUCUUUUGCUGAGCCUGCCCUAUAGGAAACUAAUCUUCACAAACUCAGACAAAGUCCAUGCAGUUAAGGCACUUAGCAGACUUGGAUUGGAGGACUGCUUUGAAGGAAUCAUAUGCUUUGAGACCCUUAAUCCCAACCACAAAACCACUGUCUCUGAUGAUGAAGAUGACAUUGAGUUUGUGGGGAGGUCAGGCACAACCAAUCCAACCACAAAAAAAGAUGCCAGUGGCUUACAAAUCUUUGACAUCAUAACCCAUUUUGCUCAACCCUAUCCCAACACAGUUUUGCCUAAGACACCAAUUAUUUGCAAACCAUCAGAAAAUGCAAUUGAAUUUGCUCUGAAGAUAGCCAACCUUAACCCACAAAGAACUCUGUUCUUUGAAGACAGUGUCCGCAACAUACAAGCUGGAAAACGUUUAGGUCUUCACACUGUGCUGGUUGGAAAAUCUCAGAGAAUUAAAGGAGCAGAUUAUGCAUUAGAGAGCAUCCACAACCUUAGGGAAGCAGUGCCAGAACUAUGGGAAGAUGACAUAAAAUCAGAAGUUGCUUACCCUGGAAAUCUUGCUGUGGAAACAUCUGUGACUGCAUAG